CAACAACAACAACAACAAAGUAAUAAAAAAAGGAUAUCUUUUUUUUUUUGUGUAGCUAAAAAUAUAUUUUUCACCUAGUGAUGUAUGACCAUCGACGUGACUCCACAUCUUCUUCCGGACCCAACAACCGAAGAGUCCAAUCUAAAGCAGAAAAAAGAGCAGAACAUAAUGCUAUUGAACGUGCAAGAAGAGAGGGUCUCAAUACAAGGUUUCAACAGUUGGCUCAUCUAUUACCGAAUCUUCAACAUGAUACUCGACCUUCAAAAGGAACUAUCAUUGAAAGAACUCUGGAAUUUGUGAAAGACGCCAUUCAAAAAGAAGAACGUUAUCGUUAUGAAAUCAAGGAUCUUCGCCACACAAAUCGCCAACUUUUAAAACAACUUACUCAUUUGACAACAGGACAAGAUGCUAAUAGCGAAGUCAUGGAUUCUGAUGAUCAACUAAGCUAUAGGUCAGCUUCUCCUACCGUGGAUCCUAUCGUCACUACGCCCCCACCUAUUGAUCAUUCUUCUUCACCAUCUCUUCAACAUAAUCGUCCUUCCUCUCCUUCUUCUUUAUUCUCAACUGCUUCCUUUCCUUCAGCUACUUUACCAACUCAACAAUUACAAAACAAAAUGGAAAACCAUCCAUCAUGGACAUCAACUCAACAAUUACAAAACAAAAUGGAAAACCAUCCAUCAUGGACACCAACUUACAAUUCAAAUCUAGGCUUUCUCUCUAUUAGGUGAAUUUUUCUUUUUUUCAUUAUUAAAAACUAUGUUGGUCAUGAUGACCUUUUUUAUAUGUCUUUUUACUGAAUUGAAUAAAAUAUAUGAUCUCUCAUGCGUUUAUAAUAAA